AUGUCAGAGCACACGUCACUCACCGAAGACGCCGAGUACGACCAAGAUGAAGAAGAGAGGGCGUGUGCCGUCGCACUCCCAAAGUUUGCGCUCAAGUCCCAUCUGUGCCUUGGCGAGGUACGGCGCACUCCUCCGAGCGUCCUGUCGCUCGUGCGAGAUCCGGAGAAGGAGCAUUGGUUGACCGGCGUGCUGAAGAUUUAUGACGUCCUUGUGGGACUCAUGAGCCUAGGACAAACCAACUACCGGUCGACGAGGGUCUGGUAUCCACAGACAAUCCAUCCCCCCACACGCGACGCACAAGCGAACAGCACGGAAAAGCAGAGUCAGAUCCUCAAUCCCGUUUUCUCCCCUCAGAUAUGCGCGAAUUGCGCCCCACGAUUCAACCCAUCGCCGACGAGCUUCUCCGUGGGAGUAUGGCGGAGGUACCACCCAUCGGAGGUGAGCGUGUGCGUCUUCGUCCCAGUUGCUGCUGCUGAGACGAGCGUAGGGGCGAAGGAGGUUGAUUUGCAUCCGUGGAUGGGUCGCGGGACGAUCGAGUACGUUGGGCAGGAGGUGCUGGGGAACAACUUUGGCGCACUCGACCCUCAAAACUCGAACAAAUACGUGGAUGCCAUUCGUAACGCCAUUCGCAACCUUAGCCCCUUCUGGAGGAACAAGCUCGUCGACUGCCUGCCUUUGCCUCCGCUUCGCCAGAUCCGCGAGAUGUGCUACACAAUGGAGCGAUAUUCUAAGAAGAUCUUAGAGGAGAAACGCGAAGCAAUGGAGCAGGGGCGAGCAAGCGAGCAGCGAGACCUGAUGGCGAUCAUGUUGGAAGCCAACGUGUCUACGUCCGAAGUAGAGAGGCUCACAGACGUCGAGUUGACCGGACAAAUCAACACGAUGCUUCUCGGCGGCCAAGAAACCUCCACGAGCGCGCUCAGCCGCAUCCUCUGGAUCCUCUCCCGCGACCAACCGGCACAAGCUCGUCUCCGCUCCGAGAUCCGCGCCGCAAAGCUCGCCCACGCCGCGGCGAGCGGGCACGACGGCCCCUGGGAGAGUGUCCAUCUGCCAUACGACACACUCAUGGCGCUCCCGUACCUCGACGCCGUGCUGCGCGAGACCCUGCGCGUGCACCCGCCGACGAACAUGAUCAAUCGGACGUGCACCAGGGACGCAGCCCUCCCCGUCGAGUUUCCGCUCACGGACGCGAGCGGGGAGGAGGUGAAGGCGGUGUGGGGCGACGACGCGGAUGUGUGGAGGCCGGAGCGGUGGUUGACCGCGUCGGGAGAGCGGAUUGAGCUCACAGAGGGACGGAGCGUGGAUCUGGUGCUGGGACAAGCGGCGGAUGACGGCGAGAAGAGCCUGGAUGGUGCGCCAGGAUACAAGGCAGGCGUGAAGUGCCCGGGGGUAUACGCUACAAUAAUGACGUUCCUCGGCGGGGGCAGGGCGUGCAUUGGUUUCAAGUUCGCCGAGAUGGAGAUCAACUCAUUCUGUCGCGAUAGAGCAAGUCAUCACGACCUUCUUGUCACGCCUCCACAUCUCUCUGCGGUGGACAAGAACGGCGUGCGAAAGGAGAUCUACUGGCGCAUCGACGGCUUGCAGAUUCCCGUCGUUGGUGAACCUCAUGGCGACUUCAAGUCUCCGCAGGUUCCUCUCGACGUCCGAGUUGUCAUAGACAGCGACUACCUGUAA